AUUGAAGACUGUCACAAUCUUGUACCACCUCCAAAGUAACAACAGUUCAGAAGUUUUAGAACUAAUCAAUAACCUCGAACAAACCAACAAACUAAAACACAAAUAAACAAACAAGCGCCUAGCCUCGAAAUUAAACAUUCGAUUCAAACCUACACCCCACAUCCUACAUAUCACACCCCUCCGAAUCUCUUUCGUAGAUACCGCUCCGAUCGAUACGAAAAUGGACGCCCCAUCCACUGCCCAGCAGCGCAUCCACAGCACCUGGAAGGUCCGCACAGCCGCAGGCGAGCCCUUUGCCGUGGUGCGGGUGCGCAACCUCCAGUCGACGGUGCAGGCCGCCCAGGACGCGUGGGGUCGUGACGGCAAGCCGCAGCCGCUCCUCGUCUCUGCCGAGAUAUCGCUCAGGGACCCGUUCGGCGACUCUUCGGCCUCGGACAAGGUGGCCGGCGACACGGUGCACUAUGGCACGCUGAGCAAGGCCGUAAUCGCCAGCCUGGAGAGGUACCAGAAGCCGGCGGGUCAGAGUGAGGGUGUGAACACUCUGCGAGGCGUGCUGGAGACGAUCUGGUCGAGCCUGACGGGCCUGGCCGUCAAUGGGACCCGAUCAAAUGUUUCUAGCAAGGACGACAAGGUAGUCUUGGACGUCUCUAGAAUACGAACAAUGUCCGUCACGGUUACACUGCCCAAGGCAUCGCUCCUCGGCAGCGGCGCAAGCCUUACUGCCAUUUCUUCCUUUGGUGAAGAUGCCAACAGCAGCGAGACCGGCCCAACUGGGCCCAUCAUCUUUGGCAUCUCCCUUCGUUUACACGAUCUCCGGAUACCCACUUUAAUUGGCGUAAACUCCAACGAAAGGCUCGCGAGACAGAUUGUGGCUUUCGAUAUUGAGAUUGACAAGUUUGAUCACGCACCCGACGCCUAUGUUGCUCUAGAAGCCCUCGUAGUCAAGACAGUAGAAGGCACCUCAUUCGAGACGCUGGAGGCGCUGGGUGCCCAUCUGGUGAACAGGAUCACGACUGCUUUCAGACCUCAGCCCGAGCAAACAUACUCUGGCCCCUCUGGGUGGCAAAUCAAGGUUCGCAUGGAGAAACCCACGGCCGUUCCAUUUGCCGAGGCUCCCUGCGUUGAAAUUAGGAGCGGAAGCAAAUGACUGCAUAUUCAAUGAGGCCUCUGAGUAAAGCUAUGGAUGUUUAUCACUAACUGCUGUCAUGGCCGGUUGCUCCGCAAGGUUGCGAUCAGACUUUCUCACAAAGAGGAAUAUCGCCAUUGGUAAUGUUGCUUAUGACGGUAGGGUCAGGUUCGAAGAGCAUCACAUGAAAGUGUUCAACAGCUUGGACUGAUUUGAGAGACUUCCAAUUCUUGAACCAGAUAUACUGCAGCGUCAAAGGAAAUCACAAGAUGAUCAAUAUCCAAACCAACACGGAGCACAGUCAGGGGUACCCAGAUGAACGUCGAGCAUCAUGGAUGUCUUUUUAUCUUACCUGGUCCGGAGGCACAUCCUGGGCAAAGGUCUUGUUCACAAACUGAUCAAUCUGCUUCCUGGAUCCGUCCGUCAAGUCCCCAGUUGCAGGAUCUUCUCCAAGUUCGAAGCGAGUCCAAACUACAAGGUGUACAAUUCUUUCGUCGAUUCCAUAUGGCCAGUCGUUGCGGAGGAUUUUGUAGUCGUUAGGGUUUUCGAACGGGACCACACUCGUGGGUUCGAUGGGGAUUUCCCAAUGAAGCCUCUGUGUCAAUAUGAAGUGCAUAACACUCCCA